CCAACCCCAAACCCAGACGGUAGCCUACCAAAAUUUUUCCUUCACAAAAAAGUCGCCAGAAAGUUGCCGGAAACAUAGCAAGCUAAGCACGACUAGCCAGGAAAAAUGGCAAUUCUUUCUCAAAACUCAAGUAAUGUCAUGUUAUCCGUUAAAAUCUUGUUGAUUUCGACGAGUGUUCUAUCCAUGGCGGUGAUAUUGAAGUUCUCAGUACCAGUACUGACAGAGUUUGCAGUCUCAGAACUCCCUUCAACAUACAACGUCUUCGUUUCGUGGCUCAGGCCUCCGUAUCUGUACCUUAUCAUCAACUGUAUCAUCAUCAUAAUAGUUGCCUCUUCGAAACUUCAGUUGAAGAUUGAGGAGUCAUCAUCGUCGAUGGAAGCAGUGGUUCAGGUUCAGACGGUGCCGAUCAAGGUCUCCGGAGAUGUACUACAGACGGACUACGAGGUGGCAUACAACGACGCCGUUUUGAAGAAUGAGGCGGUGGAGGUGGUCAGGCCGGAGGUUUUUGAGUUUAGCAGUCAUGAUGUGAAUGUAGCUGAAGGCUCGGAAUUUGACGUGUACAGAAAUGUGGAUGCUAGGGUUUGGGAGACAGAGACGAAUGUGAGUUCUGUCAGUGCUGAGAUGAAUGGAAGUGAUGAGGGUUUGAUUUCCAAGUCUUCGUGGAAUGCGAUGAAUAAUGAUUUGACGGAGUUCUCGCUCUCAGUUUCGAGUGAGAAACCACUGGUUUCUUCUAGGUUGGGGCACAGGAGAUCUGUCAAAGCCAGUCCUGAAGGAGGGAAGACGUUGGGAGUGUCGAAGCCGAGGAGGCAAGAGACACUGGAGAACACUUGGAAGACGAUAACGGAAGGCCGUUCAAUGCCGCUAACGAGGCACCUGAGAAAAUCGGACACGUGGGAGACGCACGGCCGUCACCUCCAUUCUGGCAGUGUGGGCCACCCAUCUCAAGAACAGAAGAUGAUUAAAUCAGAGACAUUCAGUGCCACUGGCAACAGCUACAACUCGUCGCUGAGUCAAUCACCGGGUUCUGGGAAACUCAGGAGAGAACCGUCGCCGGUACAGGACGAGUUGAACAGACGUGUGGAGGCUUUCAUAAAGAAGUUCAAUGACGAAAUGAGGUUGCAGAGACAAGAGUCAUUGAAUCAAUACAGAGAGAUGAUCAAUCGCGGUGCAACUUAAAUGUUUGAAAAGACAGGUUUGUGGGUUGAUAGAGUUGGCUGUUGGGUUGGGUCGUUCUGCUUGGGCUUCCACAGUUCCACCCAUGGACAUGAGCUUGCAUGGCUUCAGCGGUGAAGAGAGAGAGAGGGAGAGCUUCUUUCCCAUUUCUUAGAGUGGGAAUUAGCACGGGAUUCAUCAAGUUCGAAUGUGGAAAUGGUGGUUUCUAAUUGCCAUAUACACAAGUGAAUCCUUAGUUUUUUUCUUUUUUUACCGAUAAACAUAAAAAAAUCUUACAAAUCUUGUGCUUAUAGUUGGUACUUGAACCUUCCAUGCAUUACAAGUUUCCUUGGCGCUACAAAAGUCUGAGAAAAACCACAAGGUCCCAGUGUAGACAAGUAGAUAUUUUGAAUUUGAGCC